AUGUGCUUCAAAGACAAGGCCAACGCAGAGCCCGUAGAGGAGGCAAUGCCUCCGGUGAGGAUGCCAACGGGACGCAGAACAGCCGCAGCAACUGCCCGCCUCAAGGAGGCCCAGGCCCAGUCUUCCCAAAGCAGUGAGCUCAACAGGAAGAAGAACUCGUGGGAAAAGGCAAGCCAAACCCACGCCUACGGUGGACCCACCUCUGGCUCAAACAGCGGCAACAUUGAUUCGGGAGGCCUUUACGGCGGCGUCAACGGGGGCGUCUAUUCCGGCGUCUACGGAGGACCCAACGGGGGAGUCAAUGGAGGUGUCUAUGGCGGUGUCUACGGGACGAGCCAUGGCGGAGGGUACAUGGGCAACGGAGGCGGCCAUUCCUACCAUGGAGAGGGGAACCAUGCUUGGGAUUGA